GACACUUCCGGGUUCGUUGGCCAUCGCUGCGGGGGCUGUGUGAGCUGGUGCUGGGCCGGUGGGCGGGCUGGGCUGCGGCCCGCGCUGGCCCCGCGAUGCUGGGGAGCAGCCCCGAAGCACCGGAGCGCGAGGCCGAGGGUGACGGGGCGGGGGCGCUCCCUGCGCCGCCUGCCAUCGACUUCCCGAAGGAGGGCUCGGACCCCAAGUACGAUGAAUCUGACGUUCCAGCAGAACUCCAGGUGUUAAAAGGACCGCAGCAGCAGCAGCCGACCUUCCCUUUUGCAGUUGCCAACCAGCUAUUGCUCGUUUCUCUGCUGGAACAUUUGAGCCAUGUGCAUGAACCAAACCCACUUCGUUCAAGACAGGUGUUUAAAUUACUUUGUCAGACCUUUAUCAAAAUGGGGCUGCUGUCUUCUUUCACCUGCAGUGAUGAGUUUAGCUCAUUGAGACUACAUCACAACAGAGCCAUCACUCAUUUAAUGAGGUCAGCUAGAGAGACAGUUCGUCAGGAUUCUUGUGAGGAUAGUUCUCAUAUUCCGAAGAUCAGAUCAAGGGAAGUGGCCUUUGAAGCACAGACUUCACGUUACUUAAAUGAAUUUGAAGAGGUUUCCAUCUUGGGAAAAGGUGGCUAUGGAAGAGUAUACAAGGUCAGGAAUAAAUUAGAUGGUCAGUAUUAUGCGAUUAAGAAAAUCCUGAUUAAGCGUGCAACUAAGACAGAUUGCAUGAAGGUUCUACGGGAAGUGAAGGUGCUGGCGGGUCUUCAGCACCCUAACAUUGUGGGCUACCACACUGCGUGGAUUGAGCAUGUUCACGCGGCCCAAACGCAAGCAGAUAGGAUUUCUGUUCCGUUGCCGUCGCUGAAAGUGAUCUCUGCCCAGGACGACAGAGAUCAGUCUGAUGUUAAAACUGAUGAAAGUAACAGCUCAUCCAUUAUCUUCGCCGAGUUCACCUCAGAAAAAGAAAAACUCUUAGGAGAGUCUGGCACUGAAAAUCAGAAUAACAAAUUGGUGAACUAUACCCCCAAUCUCGUCACAAGAGAUGCUGGUGGGUUUGAAUUACCCAUUGAGCUCCAAGAAAACGGCUUGGCUGAGUUGUCUUCCAGAUCGAUGGCUGAGAACCAGCUGCCACUUAGGCUUAAUUCAGACUUGGAGGGGAAUUUCACAUCCACUGAGGAAUCGUCUGAAGAAAACUUAAACAUGGUGGGACAGACAGAGAUGCAGUACCACCUGAUGCUGCACAUCCAGAUGCAGCUGUGUGAGCUCUCCCUGUGGGACUGGAUCGUGGAGAGGAACAGGCGGAGCCGGGAGUGUGUGGAUGAGUCUGCCUGUCCUUACGUUAUGGCCAGUGUUGCAACAAAAAUUUUUCAAGAAUUGGUGGAAGGUGUAUUUUACAUCCAUAGCAUGGGGGUUGUGCACAGAGACCUGAAGCCCAGAAAUAUUUUUCUUCAUGGCCCUGAUCAGCAAGUGAAAAUAGGAGACUUUGGCCUGGCCUGCACAGACAUCAUACAGAACCCACACUGGACCAGCGGGGAUGGGAAGAGACCAACACAUACCUCCAGAGUGGGCACCUGUCUGUACGCGUCUCCCGAACAGCUGGAAGGAUCUGAGUAUGAUGCCCAGUCGGACAUGUACAGCUUGGGUGUGAUCCUGUUGGAGCUCUUCCAGCCGUUUGGAACAGAAAUGGAGCGAGCACAGGUUCUAACGGGUCUGAGAACUGGUCAGAUGCCCGAGUCCCUCCGCCAGAGGUGUCCCGUCCAAGCCCGGUGCAUCCAGGAGCUAACCAGGAAGGACGCAUCCCAGAGGCCGUCUGCUGUGCAGCUGCUGCAGAGCGACCUUUUCCAGAAUUCCGGAAGUGUUAAUCUCACCCUGCAGAGGAAGAUAGUAGAGCAAGAGAAAGAAAUAGAAGAACUAAAGAAGCAGUUACGCCUCCUUUCUCAGGACAGAGGGGUUAAGGAUGACAUGAAAGAUGGGGGUGUUCCGCCCUAACCGGUUUGGCUCAGUGGAUAGAGCGUCGGCCUGCGGACUCGGGGGUCUCAGGUUUUAUUCCGGUCAAGGGCAUGUACCUCGGUUGCGGGCACAUCCCCAGUGGGGAAUGUGCAGGAGGCAGCUGAUCGAUGUUUCUCUCUCAUCGAUGUUUCUAACUCUCUAUCCCUCUCUCUUCCUCUCUGUAAAACAAUCAAUAAAAUAUAUUAAAAAAAAAAAAGAUGGGGCUGUUCCUGUCUAGCUUAGUCUCUAGAAAUACAAAAAUGAACUUCAACUCUGUAAGCUAAAGCCAACUGGAAUACAUAGUUUCAGUCUUUGUAGGGUAUAGAUGGCAUUGGAACUUGACUGCUCUAACUACACCCAUUGUACUCUUUCCCGUCUUGGUCCCACAAGCUCCCAUUCCUGCAUUUCUUCGUAUUAGUGUCUAGUCUCUCAAGUUUAGACAUCAUCAUCAGUUCUUUAUCUUUUGAACGCUGCCUGUCCUCCUCUAGAAGCUUCUGCAGAAAUCUGUGCUCCGCACCCAAUCGCCACCCAGAUCCAGCCUGUGCACGAGCUGGGCUGGUGGCUUUGACAGCUGCCGUUUUAUUUUUACCCUCUCACAUGCUGCCAGUUAACUACCAGGACAUCCCAGUUCACGCCAGGCUCAAAAGCCUUUGCUGCCUCCAAGAGAAAACGUCAACUUGGCAGUGUACGUCGCCCAGCCUAUUUCUGUUCUCAUCACCUUCAACUUGGCGUCAUUACGCCCUUUCAGAGCUCUGUACUCCGUGCCCCGCAAUGACCUCAAAGCAGCUCGGACGCCAGUGUUCCUGAUGUUGCCCCUGCAUUGUUCUCAGCACCCGACUCCUACGUCCCUCCACGUCCACAAUGUGACCUGCUCAGCUCUGCACUCAGAGGUGCCUGCCGCCUGGCUGGCA